AUGGAGACAGGCGAAAUAAUUCCCGGCCCAGCGGCGGCUUCUUUCUCUUCCACCUCACUACAAACACGAUGUGAAAGACCGACGGAUAAGUCGGGCAAGCCUCUACCUGCAGUCUAUCGUGCGACCUGGUCGCUCAACGCGCUCUUCCAGGACUUCGCCAAGCUAAACGAAGUUGUCGGAAAGCUGCUUACUUACUCCAACGUCGAGCUGGAGAUCCAGUCCCUCAACUGGUGUCUUACCGAGGCGUCGCAAAUGGCCCUAAAUUCUGAAUCCCGUAAGGAGGAAAUGCGCAAUGCCGUCCAGAAAGCAAAUGACUACGCGAGGAUGCAGUUCCAGCAAAUGCAGCAACAAGGGGUGACCCAGUCAAACGCUGGUCCGCCAUCUAACCUGGAUGUGUCUACUUACAACUGGAACUCGUAUUUACGUGCUUCGACGGCACUCGAGUUGAGUCCGCAGGUAAUUCAGUGCACAAGCUCUGUGCAAGUUGAAUUUGAGGCCGUAGAGGGUUGA